AUGUCGCUCAGUCAACAGAAAACUCAUCUCGAUCGCGAUAUUAUUGUUGACAUUGAGCUCGCUAAUCGGACAAACACAAUUUUGGCAGUUGAAAAGAGUAGUGAAAGCCAAUUUGCAUUGCUAGCAUCAUUCACACCUACACAGGAAGAUUGUAAAAAAGCACUGAGUGCUGGCAAAGGCAAUACUGAUAUGAACAAUGAAUUUAUUUUUGUUGUCGACUGCAGUGGUUCAAUGGAAAACGAAGACAAAAUCGGCCUCGCUCGGCAAGCAAUGAUCUUGUUUCUUAGAAGUCUUCCUACCAACUGUAGAUUUAAUAUUGUACGAUUUGGAUCAGGUUAUAAAACAUUAUUCAACAAUAUCACUGACAUUUAUAAUGAAAAAAACGCAAAACAAGCCGAACAACUCAUUUCUCAUAUAAAAGCUGAUCUCGGUGGAACUGAACUGUUGCAACCGCUGCAGUGGUUGGAAAAACAAGCAACUACAGUCAGUUAUUCACGUCAGAUAUUCCUGUUGACUGAUGGAGAAAUAUCGAAUGUCAACGAAGUAAUAGAUCCAUGUCGAUCAAUGUCAACGUCUGCAAGAAUCUUCUCAUUCGGUCUCGGACAUUCGCCAAGUCGUUCCUUAGUUAAAGGACUGGCUCGAUCGACAUAUGGUCGAUUCACAUUUGUCCCGCCCGGAACAAGUGUCGACAUACACGUUGCCGAACAACUUCAGAAAGUUCUUGAAUCUGAAGAAACAGUUCGUUUAGGUUUAGCUCGAAUUAAUCAUGUGCCCGAAACAGAUAACGGUCAGUCAAUAACUCGUUUGGUAGUUAAAACUUUGAUUCGCGAAUUUCCACAUGCAAAACAAGAGAAAACACCGAAUUGUGGUUCUCAACAAGCAAGAUUUCAGCAACAACAAGAACAGAAAGGUGGGUCCGUUGAAGAUGGCAAUAAGAAACGUAUGAUUGAUAUUUCAUUACAACACAACCUCCUCUGUCCGCAUACAGGUUUCAUUGGUGUUGAAACACAUACAGAUCCAUCUGCUAAGAAUCAAAACGCGAACAUGGUUCUAAGAGAAAUCCCGAUUGAAAUAACCGCUGACGCUAAACAUUUUGAUGUGCCAUUUGUGGAUGGUGCAGCUCCACAAAGGAUGUUGAACUCCUCGAUCCAGUCUCCAGUCUCAAACACCAUGUGUUUCGAAGCGACUUAUUUUCGUUAUUGUUCUUCACCGAUAGAAUGA